CCACAAAUCUUCUCACUUUCUCAGUUUUCAACUGUUCCAACCGAUCUUGUCUUCCUCAUCCCUGCAAGAACUGGGAACCUAAAACCUCAAUUCUCUCCCUCCCUUCUCUCUCUAGAUAUGUACAUCAAUCUAUUUAUAUAGCCGUAGAUAUUAACCCUUAAUCACCGUGAAUCAACAUGGAGGACAAAGACACAGAGCUCCUCUGUAAAGUCACAGCAAACCACCUGUUCUUGGCACAAUUCGAACCUUUCCGAGCCACUCUGCGUAGUCUCCGAGCUCGGAAUCCGGACAUUGCUCGAGCCAUUCUUCAGACGAUCGUUGCCCAGGGCGGCCGAUUCAACUCAAUCCUGUGGUCCCACUCUUGCCCAUCCCCGGCUUUACUUACCUUCCUCUGCACGCUUGAACUCCUCGAAUUCAACGAGCCUACGUCCAACCUCUGGUCCUUUGAUGCGGACACGCUGAAAUUGAGGGCUGAGUUUUUGCUGUAUUUGUAUGCUGUCAUUUUUAGGGUUUCCGAGAGCCUUAAGAAGGGCACGGACUUAGAGGACCCUGGAGGAAAUGGAAUGAAUCCCGAUCCUCCUGGGAAAGACGAGAGUUUAAAGGACUGUUUGAGUGUUUUAGAAAGGAUUUCUGAAGUGGGGUUGACCCGCUUGAAACCGGAUUUGAUUGAAAUAGAUCAUACAAGGGAGAACGAAGGGACUUCUGGGAGUGAAAUUGUGGUACAGGAAGAGGAAAUUAUGAGACUACGCAGGGUGUUUCUUGAAAAUGCUGAUGUUUUUGAUGCUUUGUGUGUGAAUAUUCAAAAGCAGGUGAGUUGGAUUGAGGGUGAAAAUUCAGCAAUGGCUCUUGCAUUGAGGACAACAGUGAAGCAUAAUGAUGCCGGGGAGAAGGUGCUAAAAUUGAUCCAAAGAAGUGUUCAGAUUUCACAUUUGGAUGCCAUGAAGGAAUGCCUGGAGAAGGAUGAUGUGGAUGGAGCAGUUUCGCAUAUUCGGUUUCUCAAUUUUGAUUAUGGAGUUGAGGAGAAGGAGCAUCGCCUGGUUUUGCAUGAUAUUCUCAAGAGGGUUUUGCCAGUGAAGGAUGAUUAUGGAGAUGCCUGGCUUGCAUCCAGACAUAAGCUGUUGUCAGUUUUUAGAGAAGCACUUUCAUCAUGUUGUGCACGCCUAGUUCAAAUGAUUCAGGCCAUUCAAGAUGAGUUGCUCUUCGCAGAGAUGGAGAUUUUGAGAACUUGUGAUAGUGAACACAUUACUCUUCCCCUUUUACGCCUUCAAAAUUUUAUAAGAGAACUGAAACCUGAUACAGAUUCAAAUGAAAGGGCAAGAUUAUUGGACACUGCCGUGAGUUCAUGCAUGAGAGAAAUGUAUCAUUAUGCUCGUGUUAGUGGCUUGCAUGUGCUGGAGUGUGUCAUGCAUACUGCGUUAUCUGCUCUGCGGAAGGAAGAGCUUCAAGAAGCUAGCAGUGUUCUCUUGCUGUUUCCCCGACUUCAGCCUCUUGUGGCUGUGCUUGGUUGGGACUUGUUGUCUGGUAGAACAACAUUGAGGAGAAAAUUGAUGCAACUUUUGUGGACUAGCAAAUCACAAGAAUUUCGUUUACAAGACUCUCCUCGUUAUUGUUCCAAAUUAAAUGAGGUGUCUUGUGUUGAACAUCUUUGCGAUUUAUUAUGUUACCGGCUUGAUCUUGCUUCUUUUGUUUCAUCUGUGAAUUCUGGUCAAUCAUGGAGUUCUAAAUCCUCGUUACUUCUGUAUGGAAGUGAGUGCACAGAACAAGGAAAUGAAGACAUCAAAUGGGAUCCUUUUGUUGAAAAUUUUGUGCUGGAAAGGCUAUCUGUGCAGAGUCCACUUCGGGUAUUAUUUGAUGUUGUUCCAAGCAUUAAAUUUCAAGAUGCGAUAGAGCUGAUUAGCAUGCAGCCAAUUACUUCAACACUAGCAGCCUGGAAGAGGGUCCAAGAUAUUGAACUUAUGCAUAUGAGAUAUGCUUUGGAAUCUGCUGUUCUUUCUCUGGGGGCGAUGGAAGACGACACAAGCGUAGGAGACGGGAAGGGGAACGCUAAUAUGUGCUACUUGAAAGACCUGAAGAGCCAUCUGGAUGCCAUCAAUAAUGUUCCCCGGAAGAUAUUUAUGGUGAACAUUAUAAUCUCUCUUCUUCAUAUGGAUGGUCUCUCUCUCUAUUCAGCAUCUUCUACCUCAUCGAGGAAUUCAUCUGAAAUGCCCACUACAUCCAUUGGAAAACAAUUGGAGGCUCCAACCCAAGAUUCAGUGAAUGAGACAGCUGUGUUGUUUAUCAGACAGCUACUUGACAUAUUGCGGCACAAUAUACCAUCAUCUGAGAAGGAGAAUGCCCGAGAUGAGAAUAUUUCUUCUGGUGGAAAAGAAGCCCUUGAAUGGCGAAUUUUGAAUGCCAGGCAUUUUAUUGAAGAUUGGGAGUGGCGGUUGUCUAUUCUGCAAUGCCUUUUGCCAUUGUCUGAACGACAAUGGAGAUGGAAGGAGGCAUUGACUGUGUUACGUGCAGCACCUUCUAAGCUACUGAAUCUUUGUAUGCAGAGGGCAAAGUAUGACAUUGGAGAAGAGGCUGUUAACCGUUUCUCUUUACCUCCUGAAGACAAAGCUACUCUAGAAUUAGUUGAAUGGGUAGAUGGAGCCUUCAAAAGAGCUUCUGUGGAAGAUGCAGUGACCCGUGCUGCUGAUGGAGCUUCUGCUGUUCAGGAUUUAGAUUUUUCUUCUUUGCGUGCUCAGUUAGGCCCUCUGCCUGCUAUUUUGUUGUGCAUUGAUGUAGCUGCAACGUCGGCAAAGUCAAAGACCAUAUCUCUGAAACUGCUAAAUGAGGCUCAGAUUAUCCUUUCGGAGAUCUAUCCUGGUAGCUCCCCUAAAAUGGGGUCAAAGUACUGGGAUCAGAUUCAUGAUAUGGCUAUGAUAUCUGUGGUUAAGCGUGUCCUUAAACAUCUACAGGAGCUACUUGAACAGGAUAAAUCUUCAGCUCUUCAGGUUAUUUUAUCUGGAGAGAUGCCCCUUUUAUUCUCAAAGGAGUUUAACCGGCAAGGGCAUAGGGAACGUGCUCUUGUUAUGCUUCAUCAAAUGAUUGAAGAUGCUCAUAUUGGAAAAAGGCAGUUUCUUAGCGGUAAGCUUCAUAAUCUUGCAAGAGCAGUGGCAGAUGAAGAAACAGAAAAAGAUAACUUUACAGGGGAAAGUUCAUAUUCUGACAGGAAAGGGUCUCUAAUGUGUGACAGAAAUGGUGUUCUUGGGCUUGGAUUGAAAUCCUUGAAACAACUAUCAGUAGCUUCUGCAGCUGGUGAAAAUAGUAUAAAUUCUGGCAACUAUGAUGGCAAAGAAGCAGGGAAGAGAUUAUUUGGUCCCUUAAGCUCCAGGGCAGUAACAUAUCUCUCACAAUUUGUUCUCUAUAUUGCUGCAAUUGGUGACAUUGUUGAUGGGACUGACACAACUCAUGACUUCAAUUACUUCUCACUCGUUUAUGAAUGGCCUAAAGAUCUUUUAACUCGUCUGGUUUUUGAGAGAGGCAGCACAGAUGCAGCUGAAAAGGCCGCAGACAUAAUGUCUGCCGAUUUUGUGCAUGAAGUAAUUUCUGCAUCUGUACCUCCAGUGUACCCUCCAAGAUAUGGUCAUGGCUGGGCUAGUAUCGCAUCGGUUCCUACAUAUCCUAAGAAUUACUUUGAAAGCAGAGUAAUUUCUCCUUCAAGAGAAGCUAAGCUUGAUUCUUUCAGCCAGUCUUCAUCCACUACUGGAUUACCUUUGUACCCUCUACAUCUAGAUAUAAUAAAGCAUCUUAUUAAGUUAUCCCCAGUUAGGGCUGUCUUGGCAUGUGUCUUUGGUAGCAGUAUACUUCACCGCGGCAGCGAAAAUGCCAUUUCCAGAUCUUUUCAUGGUGGCUUGUUACAACCAUCUGAUGCAAAUAGAUUAUUCUAUGAGUUUGCACUUGAUCAAUCUGAGAGGUUUCCAACUUUGAAUCGCUGGAUACAGAUGCAAACCAACCUUCAUAGAGUGUCAGAAUUUUCUGUAAUGGCUGAGCAUUCAUCAAAGAAUGAUAAAGAUGAAUCUGAAAGUAGAGUAUCUAUGAAACGGCUUCGUGACUAUGAAAGUGAUACUGAAUCAGAAGUUGAUGAAAAUGCAGUAGGCAAUAACAUCAUAAAAAGAUCACCAGAGGUUAAAAAUGAGGAAACCAUUUCUUCUGAUCCUUGGGUUGAACCUCCAAAGUCUGCACUUGCUGAACGUGAUUCAGUUAUCCUUUCAUUUGACUGGGAAAAUGAAGGUCCCUAUGAAAAAGCUGUGGAGCGCUUAAUUGAUGAAGGAAAGUUAAUGGAUGCGCUUGCUAUUUCUGAUCGCUUCUUGCGCAAUGGUGCCUCUGACCGGCUGCUUCAACUCCUAGUUGAACGGGGAGAAGAAAAUAACUCAGGGCAGUCUUACAGUUACUCAGGCAACCGCAUCUGGAGCAACAGUUGGCAGUACUGUCUAAGGUUGAAGGAUAAACAACUGGCUGCUAGACUUGCCCUCAAAUAUUUGCACAAAUGGGAGCUAGAUGCUGCUUUGGAUGUCCUUACUAUGUGCAGCUGCCACUUGCAUGAUAAGGAUUCUUUAAAAGAUAAGGUGGUUCAAAUGAGGCGAGCUCUCCUAAGGUACAACCAUAUAUUAUGUGCAGAUGACCACUACACCAGUUGGCAGCAGGUUGAGACAGAUUGCAAGGAAGAUCCCGAGGGCCUUGCACUUAAAUUGGCUGAGAAAGGAGCUGUUUCCGCUGCUUUAGAAGUUGCUGAAAGUGAAGGACUUUCCAUUGAACUACGGAGAGAGUUGCAGGGCCGUCAACUUGUGAAGCUUUUGACUGCAGAUCCUUUAAAUGGUGGGGGUCCUGCAGAAGCAUCACGGUUUCUUUCUUCUUUGCGUGACACAGCUGAUGCUUUACCUGUUGCAAUGAGUGCAAUGCAGCUUUUGCCAAACCUUCGAUCAAAACAGCUUCUUGUUCACUUUUUUCUGAAGAGAAAGGAUAAUAAUUUAUCAGAGGUGGAGGUUUCCAGGCUCAACUCAUGGGCAUUAGGUCUUCGGGUCUUGGCUGCCUUACCAUUACCAUGGCAGCAAAGGUGCUCUUCUCUGCAUGAGCACCCUCAUUUGAUUCUGGAAGUUUUACUGAUGAGGAAGCAACUCCAGUCUGCUUCUUUGAUUCUUAAAGAGCUCCCCUCUUUGAGAGAUAACAGUCUGAUUAUUGCAUAUGCCGUCAAAGCUAUUGCUAUCAGCAUUAAUACACCUAGGGAGCCCCGAGUUUCAGUAAUGGUUCAAAGGUCUAGGCAGAAGACAAAAACUGUAACACCUGCACGGUCAUCCUUUACAAGUAGCCUAAGUAACUUGCAAAAAGAAGCUCGAAGGGCUUUUUCUUGGACUCCACGCAAUAGUGGAGAUAAAUCUGCUCCAAAAGAUACAUACAGGAAGAGAAAGACCUCUGGAUUAAUGCAAUCUGAGAGAGUGGCUUGGGAGGCAAUGACUGGUAUUCAAGAAGAUCGUGCUUCAUCAUUUUCUGCAGAUGGGCAAGAGCGACUUCCUACAGCUGCAAUUGCAGAGGAGUGGAUGCUCACAGGUGAUUUAAAGAAGGAUGAAGCUGUUCGUUCUUCUCAUCGUUAUGAAAGUGCUCCUGACAUUACACUCUUUAAGGCACUGCUUUCACUAUGUUCGGAGGAGAGUGCAUCUGCCAAAGGGGCUCUUGACUUGUGUGUUAAUCAAAUGAAAAAUGUCUUAACCUCCAAACAAGUACCUGAAAAUGCAUCUAUGGAAACUAUUGGUCAUGCAUAUCAUGCGACGGAAACUUUUGUGCAGGGCCUGUUCUUUGCUAAAUCCUUGCUAAGGAAGCUUGCAGGGGGUAGCGAUAUGUCAAUUAACUCUGAAAGAAAUAGAGAUACUGAUGAUGCAUCUUCUGGUGCUGGCAGCUCUAGUGUGGGUAGUCAAUCAACAGAUGAGCUGUCAGAGGCACUGUCACAAGUUGAGGCUUGGCUAGGACGUGCUGAAUUGCUGCAGAGCCUUCUUGGUUCGGGAAUAGCUGUGUCACUUGAUGAUAUUGCUGAUAAAGAGUCAUCUGAACGUCUUCGAAACAGACUAAUUUUAGAUGAAAAGUACAGUAUGGCUGUAUAUGCAGCCAAGAAGUGCAAGAUUGAUGUUUUUCCCGUGUGGAAUUCCUGGGGCCAUGCUCUAAUCCGGAUGGAGCACUAUGCACAAGCUCGAGUAAAAUUUAAGCAAGCUUUUCAAUUACACAAGGGUGAUCCUGCAAAUGUGAUUCUGGAGAUUAUUAAUACAAUAGAAGGAGGCCCACCUGCUGAUGUUUCAUCUGCACGGUCAAUGUAUGAACAUUUGGCGAGAAGUGCGCCUGCUAUUCUAGAUGAUUCUCUUUCUGCUGAUUCCUAUCUUAAUAUAUUGUAUAUGCCAUCAACAUUUCCACGUUCAGAGAGAUCCAGGCGAUCUCAUGAACCUUCUUCAAAUGAUUCUGCUGCUAAUGAUGCUGACUUUGAAGAUGGACCUCGUAGCAACUUGGAUAGUGUGAGAUACCUCGAGUGUGUAAAUUAUUUUCAAGAUUAUGCUCGUCAGCUUUUGCUUGAUUUCAUGUUUAGGCAUGGCCAUUACAAGGAUGCUUGCUUGUUAUUUUUCCCUCCGACUUCUGUUCCUCCACCACCUCAGCCAUCUUCAGGCACGGUUACUUCAUCUACUUCCCCUCAAAGACAAGAUUCUCUGGCAACAGAUUAUGGUACCCUUGAUGUUUUGUGUGAUUUGUGCAUUGCUUAUGGGGCCAUGCCUGUAUUGGAGGAGUUGUUGUCAGCAAGAACCUCAAAGACAACAUCACUAGACCCGUUAGUGAAUCAGCAGACUGUUGCUGCUCUUGCCCGCAUUUGUAACUAUUGUGAGAUUCAUAAACAUUUCAACUAUCUAUACAAUUUUCAGGUAAUCAAGAAAGACCAUGUAGCUGCUGGGCUUUGCUGUAUUCAGUUAUUUAUGAAUUCAUCUUCUCAAGAGGAAGCUAUAAGACAUUUAGAACAUGCCAAGAUGCAUUUUGACGAUGGUCUGUCAGCUCGAUCUAAAGCAGGAGAAUCUACUAAACUUGUUACCAAGGGUGGAAGAGGGAAAAGUGCCUCUGAGAAGCUUACUGAAGAAGGACUUGUCAAAUAUGCUGCUAGAGUUUCCAUCCAGAUAGAUGUUGUGAAAUGCUUUAAUGAUGCAGAGGGACCACAGUGGAAGCAUUCUCUCUUUGGGAAUCCAAAUGACCUUGAAACUUUCAGGAGGAGGUGCGUGAUUGCAGAGACUCUUGCUGAGAGGAGUUUUGAUUUAGCAUUUCAAGUGAUCUACGAAUUCAAUCUUCCAGCUGUCGACAUAUAUGCUGGAGUUGCUGCAUCACUUGCUGAGAGGAAGAAGGGAGGGCAAUUAACAGAAUUUUUUAGAAACAUUAAAGGAACAAUUGAUGAUGAAGAUUGGGAUCAGGUUUUGGGGGCUGCUAUCAAUGUUUAUGCAAACAAACACAAAGAGCGUCCUGACCGCCUUAUUGACAUGUUGACUAGUAGCCACAGAAAGGUACUGGCCUGCGUUGUUUGUGGUCGUCUUAAAAGUGCAUUCCAAAUUGCCUCUAGAAGUGGAAGUGUAGCUGAUGUUCAAUAUGUAGCACACCAGGCAUUGCAUGCUAAUGCACUUCCUGUUCUUGAUAUGUGCAAACAAUGGCUAGCGCAGUACAUGUAAAAUUUCAGUUGUGAAGUUGCAUGUUGUAGCAGCGUAGUUGAUGAAUGAAUGAAGUAGGGGUUUGAUUGAUGUACAGGUGCUCAAGUAGUGGGGCUGAAACAAAAGAUUGACUACUUUUUGUUACAAUAUACAUACAUACAUGAUGAAUAACACUGUAGAAGCAGGCAGGCAGGGAUGGGGUGGACUUCAUUUUUUUUAUUUGAUCCUCCCUCUUUAAUUUUCAGGGAAAUGGUUUGUUCCUGCUCUUGUAUGGUUUUUUGUUCUCCAUGUAAUUACUUACUGGACUCCUAAUAGAAUGGGAAAAAAGAAAGGUGAUUUUUGUUCCAUCCGAAUCUGAGGCCUGAGGCUGAGGGGAGACACUAUGAAAUGUUUGCUGUUUGUGUGGAAAGCAGAAUGAAUAGAACAAAAAAUUUGAAGGAAGAAAAGAGUAUCUAAUAUUAAAAUGUAAGUAUUGGAUUGGAUCAGAAUUUUCUUAUUAAUGUACACUCCUUCGUGUGGGGUUCUUUUUCUA